AUGAGGUUAUGCCGGGCUCUCCAUGCCGUAGCUGCGAGUGAUCCUUCCUCCUCUUCUUCUCUAGCGGAAUCCUCGGCGGCGGCAUUGAAAUCUCUCCAGAAAUCUCUGGCGAGCGUCACGAAUCUCGCCGAGGCGCGCGAGCUCCAGGAUCGCGUCGGCAGGGGGGGGCCGCAUUUCCCUGAUCUCCAGGCCCAGGUGCUGGAGAUGUACAUCCGGUGUGGGAGCCUCGAGGAUGCGCGGGCGGUGCUUGAUUCCCAUGGCAGCCUCGCCUCCAAUGCCCUCCUGGCCGCGUAUCUGGACAAGGGCCACUUCCACGAGGCGAUGGGCGUCUUCGCGAGAGCCCGGGGCCUGGACGUCAAGCCAUGGACGAGCUUCGUCUCGGCGUAUGCCCGGUACGGGCAUUUUGAUCGCGCCAGAGAUCUCCUCUCUAGGAUGCCGCAGCACAGCGUCUUCUCCUGGACGGCGCUGCUCUCGGGCUACGUCCAUCACGGCCGCGUCGCGGGGGCGCAAGCGAUCUUCGAGGAGAUGCCGGGGCGCGACCUGGUGUCGUGGAACACGGUGGUGAAGAUCUUUGCCAGGAAAGGGUAUCUGCUGGAAGGGAGGGAGGUGUUUGACAGGAUGCCGCUGUGGGACGAUUGCUCCUGGCAGACGAUGAUCGGGGCCUACUCCGAGCACGGCUACGCGUCCGACGCCACGGAUCUCUCCAACAAGAUGAAGCAAGGAGACGACGCGCUGAUGCACUGCUUGCCUGGGCACGUAGAAGAAGCGAUGAAGAUAAUUGGCGGUCUCAAGUGA